AUGUUGGAUUUUCCACUAUUGAACAUAGUGAUCGUAGUAAUUUUUCUUUCUAUGCAUAAAGUUAAAUCUUAAAAAUCAGCGGUUCCUGGGAGUUACACUUGCCUGAGGGCUGCCCUUUGCUGCUAUCCCCUUAACCUCUGUCACAGGAAACAUGACAGCUGCCCUACAAGCAGCUCUGAAAAACCCCCCUAUCAACACCAAGAGUCAGGCGGUGAAGGAUCGAGCAGGCAGCAUUGUCUUGAAGGUGCUCAUCUCCUUUAAAGCUAACGACAUUGAAAAGGCAGUUCAAUCUCUGGACAAGAAUGGUGUGGAUCUCCUAAUGAAGUACAUUUAUAAAGGCUUCGAGAGCCCCUCUGACAAUAGCAGUGCUGUGUUAUUGCAGUGGCAUGAAAAGGCACUCGCUGCUGGAGGAGUGGGAUCCAUUGUUCGAGUCCUGACUGCGAGGAAAACCGUGUAGUCCAGUGGGAACUGGAUGUCUCCCGCACGGUGGGAGUUGCUGGUACAAAGACCAAAACAACCAAAUGCCACCGCUGCCCUUCGGGCAGCGUCCGUUUCUCUCAGCUUUGCCUUCUUGCUUCCUUUUCAUAUCUAUAAAGAAGAAAAUUACAUAUCAGUUUUCCUUUAAUGAAAAUCAGGAUAUAGUACAGGCAGUGUUUCAACAGGAGUGUUUCAUGCUCUCAAAACUACUCCAGUGGUGUGUACGCCAGUCUGUAUAUAGCAUAAUUUACAUUCAAGUUUAGCUGUGCAAUUUUUAACCCCUAUUGGUUGGUGUGGGUUUUUUGUUUUUGUUUGUUGGAAGGGUUUUGGGGGGGGUUUUGGUUUUGUUUUUGACUGAUAGUGAGAAAUUUGAUCAGAAUUUGAGGCCAGUUUCCUAACUUAUUGCUAGCCAGGAAAUGAUCUUUAUUAAAAACAGAUGUUUGAGAGACUGGCAGCUAUUAACUAACAUUGCAAAACUGGACCACACUUCCCUUAUUUAAGCAAAAUGUGUUUCUGGAACCAACGGUGGCUGAACACCACGACCAGGCUCCAGCUCUGUUUCUGCUUGCCUCCGGAUUCUGUUGAGUUUAAGUACGCGUCUUCCUCUCAGCAUCCAAUAAUCGUGGCCUCUUGAUUCCUUUGUGGUCACCCAGGGUGUAGAGCAAGGAGUCUUGCUCUACACAAUGUAUCUUACAGAUCAUUUAUAAAAUACACUUUGUAUUUGGCCAGAGCCUGUUUGGUACUAGCAUAAAACUUUUGCUCCAAUAAUAUGGCCCUAUUUGGGGAACCUACUCCAAAUCAGAAAGGACACAGAAUCUUUGAUGUAGUUCAAACUCUGGGCAGCCUCUGAAUGAAAUACUGUUUUCUUUGGAAUUACAGUGGCUAUCUUUGACAUUAUGAGGUACGUAACUAGUAUUUAAUACGUCCUAUAAAUGUCUUCAGUGUUCUUUAGGGUAACUGGGAUCUUACAAGAUUUGGUUCAGAUCCAAACACGUACACAUUCUGUAUUUUAGCUCAGUGUUUUUUAAAAAAAGAUAAUGCCACACAUCAAAAAAGUGUUUACUUUGUUAGACAAACCAAAUCAGUUCUCAGAAAAAUGACCGGUGCUUUUGAAAAGUUAUCAUUCAGUAGCUCUAAAAGAAACCACCUGAAUGCUUAUGACCAAGAGAGAGAGCAGACUAUAUUUAGUAUUUCUUAUAUCACUGACUUAUGUGAAAACUGGUACAGAAAUUCUGUAAACUCUUUGCUGUUUUUGAUACCUGCUUUUUGUUCUGUUUUGUAAAAAUGAUAAAGUUCAGAAAAUAAAAUGUCAGUGUUGAAUAAUU